AUGGCCGCCUACAGGCUCGUCCUCAUCCGGCACGGCGAGAGCACCUGGAACCUCGAGAACCGCUUCAGCGGCUGGUACGACGCCAACCUGAGCCCGGCGGGCCACGAGGAGGCUAAGCGCGGCGGACAGGCGAUGCGAGAUGCUGGCUAUGAAUUCGACAUCUGCUUCACCUCCGUGCAGAAGAGAGCAAUCCGGACCCUCUGGACAGUCCUGGAUGCCAUUGACCAGAUGUGGCUGCCAGUAGUCAGGACCUGGCGCCUCAAUGAGCGACACUAUGGGGGUCUGACUGGUCUCAAUAAAGCAGAAACUGCUGCUAAGCAUGGUGAAACACAGGUAAAGGUCUGGAGGCGAUCUUACGAUGUCCCACCACCGCCAAUGGAGCCUGACCAUCCCUUCUAUAGCAACAUCAGUAAGGAUCGCAGGUAUGCAGACCUUACUGAGGACCAGCUGCCGUCCUGUGAGAGCCUGAAGGACACUAUUGCCAGAGCACUGCCCUUCUGGAAUGAAGAGAUUGUCCCUCAGAUCAAAGAGGGGAAGAGAGUCCUGAUUGCGGCCCAUGGCAACAGCCUUCGGGGGAUCGUCAAGCAUUUGGAGGGUCUCUCAAAAGAGGCCAUCAUGGAGCUGAACCUGCCAACUGGCAUUCCCAUUGUCUAUGAAUUGGACAAGAACUUGAAGCCUGUUAAACCCAUGCAGUUCCUGGGAGAUGAAAAGACCGUGCGGAAAGCCACGGAAGCUGUGGCCGCGCAGGGCAAAGCCAAGAAGUGA